GAUUUAUAAUCUGUCAACUCAGCUCCCAAAAAGGAAAGUCACAUCUUUAUAAGGUGAAAGAAAAUGGCAGAUACUGGUAAAGACUACAUCACAAAUAGUGCUGAUCCUAAGAACAUUCAGGAUUUAACGCAAUUUGUCCAGAACCUCCUACAACAGAUGCAGGAUAAAUUCCAGGGAAUGUCGGACCAGAUUAUCAAUAGGAUUGAUGAAAUGGGGAAUCGCAUUGAUGAUUUGGAGAAAAACAUUGCCGACCUAAUGACGCAGGCGGGAGUGGAAGAUCGCGCGUAAUAUCCCAACAUUCCAUAUUUCGUGUGUGGUUUUAGAUGUGUGCCUUAGUGAUCAGUGUUUCUGCACCCACCAUUAGUUCAUCUCGCUGAACAACUGGAACCAAAAAUCAUGAAUGCACUAAUUUAUGUUUUGAAAAUAAGAACAUUUUACAUUAUAGGGAUUUGGUAUACAUGUCAGCAUAAUUUCCACAACCAUCAAGCUUAAUUGCAUUACAUGUUCAGUGAGAGCUAUACAAUAUGAACAAUGAUGUAAAAUUUAUCUGACCUGUUCAGACCAUUGUGAUAAGUGUAAUAUUAUUUAUUCUAUUUUGUGUUUUAUUCAUGUAAAAACAUUACAAAUAUAUUAUAGUUUUUUA